AGGGGUAUUUUAUAGAAAGAAUCUGGGAGCCCUCGGAGUUUGGCGUGCCAGGGAGUUCUGGGUGAAUUCCCUGGGGGUACUGAGGGGCGGCUCUCUGCCUUUCACGAAUGGGCUUGCGCCAGCCAGUGUGGGCUAUCGCCACGCACCAUUCCUUUAAUGCCACACGCGAGAACUUCUGUUCCUCACCCCGGUGAUGUCUUCAUUGUGAUGAGAUGUUGGUCCACCUGCUUAAAAUGUGGAGCAGGCAUUCGUUGUAGCAGUCCCACUCCACAGGACCAGACUCAGGCUGGCACCAUGGCCAAGUUCACAGUGAAGGUUUCCACCGGAAAGGCCUUCGGGGCUGGCACGUGGGACAAAGUGUCCAUCAGCAUCGUGGGGACCCUGGGGGAGAGCCCCCCACUGCCCCUGGACCAUUUCGGCAAGGAGUUCACCGCGGGCGCUGAGGAGGACUUCGAAGUGACGCUGCCCCAAGAUGUGGGCCCUGUGCUGCUGCUGCGUCUGCACCUGGCGCCCCCCGCGCUGUCCCGCCCGCUCUGCCUCGCGGCGGCCGGCGACGCCUGGUUCUGCCGCUGGGUCCAGCUCACGCCGCCGGGAGGUGCCCCGCUGCGCUUCCCCUGCUACCAGUGGCUCGAGGCGCCGAGUAGCCUGGCGCUGCGGGAAGGGGCAGCCAGAGUCUCACGGGCCGACCAGCACCCCGCGCUCUGGCAGCAGCGGCAAGAGGAGCUGCAGGCCCGGCGCCAGGCGUACGGCUGGAAGACUUACCUCCCUGGCUGGCCUCACUGCCUCAACGAGGUGACGGUGAAAGACCUGGACCUCAACCUCAAAUACCCUGCAGCCAAGAACGCCGCCUUCUACCUGAACAUCGGCUCUGUGGUGGCAGAGCUGAAGAUCAAGGGGCUGCUGGACCGCAAAGGGCUCUGGAGGAGCCUCCGGGAGAUGAGAAGAAUAUUCAACUUCCACAGGACGCCAGCCAUUGAGUACGUGUUUGACCACUGGCAGGAAGACGCCUUCUUUGCCUCCCAGUUCCUGAAUGGCCUCAACCCUGUCCUGAUCCGCCGCUGCCGCCACCUCCCAAAGAACUUCCCAGUCACCGAUGCCAUGGUGGCCCCCGUGCUGGGCCCCGGGAGCAGUCUGCAGGCUGAGCUAGAGAGGGGCUCCCUGUUCUUGGUGGACCACGGCAUCCUCUCCAGUAUCCGUACCAAUGUCGUUAAUGGGAGGCCUCAGUUCUCUGCAGCGCCCUUGACCCUGCUACACCAGCGCCCGGGGCGUGGGCCCUUGGUGCCGCUCGCCAUCCAGCUCAGCCAGACCCCUGGGCCCAAUAGCCCCAUCUUCCUGCCCAGCGACGACAAGUGGGACUGGCUGCUGGCCAAGACCUGGGUGCGCAACGCCGAGUUCUCCGUACACGAGGCCCUCACGCAUCUGCUGCAGGGACACCUGCUGCCCGAGGUCUUCACGCUGGCCAUGCUGCGCCAGCUGCCCCACUGCCACCCGCUCUUCAAGCUGCUGAUCCCGCACACACGGUACACCUUGCACAUCAACACACUGGCCCGUGAGCUGCUCAUCGCUCCGGGGCAGGUCGUGGACAGGUCCACAGGCCUCGGCAUCGGAGGCUUCUCCGAGCUGAUACAGAGGAACAUGGAGCAGCUGAGCUAUGCCACCCUGUGUCUGCCGGAAGAUAUCCGAGCCCGAGGAGUUGAAGACCUCCCGGGCUACUACUACCGGGAUGACGGCAUGCAGAUCUGGGGGGCGAUGGAGCGUUUUGUCUCCGAAAUAGUCGGCAUCUACUACCCGAGCGAUGCAGCAGUACAGGAUGACCAGGAGCUCCAGGCCUGGGUGAGAGAGGUCUUCACCAAGGGCUUCUUAUCCCGGGAGAGCUCAGGUGUACCCUCCUCACUGGAGACCCGGGGAGCCCUGGUGCAGUACGUCACCAUGGUGAUAUUCACCUGCUCAGCCAGGCACUCCUCUAUCAGCGCAGGGCAGUUUGACUCCUGUGCAUGGAUGCCCAAUCUGCCGCCCACCAUGCAGCUGCCCCCGCCCACCUCCAAAGGCCAGGCAACACCUGAGGGCUUCUUAGCCACCCUCCCGCCAGUCAAUGCCACGUGCGACGUCGUCGUUGCCCUCCGGGUGCUGAGCAAGGAGCCUGGAGUCCGAAGGCCGCUGGGCACGUACCCGGAUGAGCACUUCACGGAGGACGCCCCGCGGCGCAGCAUCGCCGCCUUCCAGAGCCGCCUGGCCCAGAUCUCGAGAGACAUCCGGGAGCGGAACCGGGGCCUGGCGCUGCCCUACGCCUACCUGGACCCGCCGCUCAUCGAGAACAGCGUCUCCAUCUAAAUCCCCGGAGAACACAGCCCCUCGUGGCAAACUCCUUUGACCACAUUGCUUACUCUAGGCUAACGGACACCAGGGAAAAGACUCCCCCAGAAAAACAGGCCCCAUUAUACUCACUCCCCACCACCCGGAGAAACAAAAUCAAAACCGAGAAGCCAUAAGCCGACGGAGGACAGAAUGCCCCACAGCGCCCUGCCAGGGUUUUGUUUGCUUUGGCUCCCGGUGGUGGCAAGUGCAUGAUCCCGGCCUCUGACCACUGCUGGUGGACCGCAAGGUCACUUGACUCAAGGGCAGUCACUGUUUAGGCAGCUCAGCCACACGAGGAAUGGUUCUGCCCAAACUCGGCCUGGUGGGCAGGCGUGUGGCUCCCUCAUUAAGAUGCCAUUUGGGACACCUGCCUCUCACAUUGGAGUGCCUGAGUUCCAGUCCCGGCUCCUCCUCCAAUUCCAGCUUCCUGCAAAUGUGCACCCUGGGGGGAGCAGCUCACGGCUUAAGUGCUUGGGUCCCUGCCACCCAUAGAGGAGAGCUGGACUGGGUUCCCAGCUCCUGGCUUUGACCUGGCUCGGCCCAGCUGUUGCAGACAUUUGAAGUGAACCAGCAGAUGGGAAAGAGACCUCUCUCUCUCUGACCUCUGCCUUUUAAAUAAAAGUAAAAUAAGUAGGGGCCGGCGCCGUAGCUCACUAGGUUAAUCCUCCACCUGUGGCGCCAGCAUCCCAUCUGGGUGCUGGGUUCUAGUCCCAGUUGCUCCUCUUGCAAUCUGGCUCUCUGCUAUGGCCUGGGAGGGCAGUGGAGGAUGGCCCAAGUGCUUGGGCCCUGCACCCACAUGGAGACCUGGAAGAAGCACCUGGCUCUUGGCUUCAGAUCGGUGCAGCGCGCCGGUCAUAGUGGCCACUUGCGGGGUGAACCAAUGGAAAAACGGAAGACCUUUCUCUCUGUCUCUCUCUCUCACUGUAUAACUCUGCCUGUCAAAUAAAAAAAAAUUAAAAAAAAAUAAAUAAAUAAAAGUAAAAUAAGUAAAGAAUAAU